AUAUUGGUUCAAGAUGAGAAUGACAACUAUCCUAUCUUUAGCAACCGAUCUUUGACGAUCUAUGUACCAGAAACACACUUGGUCGGAAAGCGGCUAAUUCAGCUGGUUGCUCAUGAUCCCGAUGAAGGUAUUAAUGGGCAGGUCAUCUAUAGCCUGGUUCCAGAUGCCCAAUCGCCCAGCGAAAAUCCGGAAAAAAGAGGAUUUGAGGAUGCUCUUACACGCCAGCCCUUCCAGCAAGGUCAUUCUGUGGGACAUAUUCGAAUGACCGCUCAAAAUUUAGAACGAAGAACUCAGAUGUCCAGCUCUUCCAUCCCUUCUUUAGCUGCAGCCUCUAUCCCUUCGACUUCCUCCCUUCACUCUUCAGCACUUUACUCUGCUUCUUCUUCUUCAGCCUCUUCUUUGUCAUUGGCUUCGUAUGUGUUUAGUCUUGACUCACGCACUGGCUGGCUGACACUACAGCGUCAUCUUGAUUACGAGCACACCAAGCGAUAUACUGUUCAAGUGCUAGCCAAAGAUGCUGGAGGGCAUCCUAGCUUUGAUGAGGCAACGGUGCAUGUAAUCGUUACCGAUAAAAAUGACGUUGCCCCGAGGAUUGUUGUCGACAUUUUAGCCGAAUCCUUUCUGGAUUCGAGCUCAUCCCCUUCCUCCACUUCUGACUCUUAUUCAGUGCCAGUUGCAUCACAAACAGUUCAAGGACUUCAUUCAUCAGUGCUCACUCCCUCUGCAUCGGCGACGUCUUCAACUUCUUCCACUUUAUCUGCAGUUGUGAUUGCUGCUCCAUCAGGGCACAGCGUUUCGGCUCGUCUACAGGUUCAGAUUACUGAGACUCCAGACGUUGACGGACGUAACACUGUUUCUGCCCUAAUGGCAGGUCUGGGGCGUCAGCAGCUAGCCUUCGUUGUGGUUAGCGACCCGGAUACAGGACGCGGAGGUCAGGUUACAUGCCAUCUUCUACAACUCUUGCCUCACCUACCUCCAACAUCUUUAUCUGUACCAUCAGGCAUAUCGGUUUCGUCAGAUGCCAUGGCCUCUGGAGCACUGGCUUUAUCGGAACUGUCGGGAAAUCAUAACUAUUUUCGCAGUCUGUCAAAUCUACCACAAGACUCAUUGGUCCUGGGAACUGGUACUGAACAUUUUCACGGCUUGGCGAGUGCUGGGAAAUUCCGUAUGCGAUCAAUUGCGUCCGGCCAGUUUGAGCUGUCUACCGCCUAUGGUUUCGACUACGAAACAGCCAGGAUCGAGAGAAUUCAAGUAAUAUUUUUAACUUAA